AUGGCAAUGCCUAUGCCUGGCGGGAGGCUCCAGAUCGGCGGGGACCGGCAGAGCGGCCAGGAUGUGCGAACGCAGAACGUGACGGCCGUCACAGCGAUCGCAAACAUCGUAAAGACCUCCCUAGGACCGGUUGGGCUGGACAAGAUGCUGGUGGACGACAUUGGGGACGUCACGGUCACCAACGACGGCGCCACGAUCCUGAAGUUGCUUGAGGUGGAGCACCCCGCGGCCAAGGUGGGCGCAGCUGAGGGCGACGGGGCAGCCCUUGGGGGGGGGCCGCAGGGCCGCAGAGCAACAGGCCGCUCAAGCGGCGGCCGAGCCACCGGCACGGGCCGGCGGCAGGGCACGCCGGGCGGCGCUAGCGCCGGCGGAGGCCGCCCGGGCGCUCGGGCCCCCUCGGCGGCAGUCCGGCCGCGGCCGGGGCCCGCGGCGGGGCCGCCCCGCGCCGGAACGCUCGGACCUUUGGCGGCGGCGGAGAUCCUGGUUGAGCUGGCAGACCUGCAGGACCAGGAGGUGGGGGACGGCACCACCAGCGUGGUCAUACUGGCGGCGGAGCUGCUGAAGCGGGCCAACGAUCUG